AUUGCCAGUUCGUGAGUCACAAUUUAUUGAAUAAUAAUAAACAGUCUUUUCGAAGCCAUCCCACACCCAGCAAUUUUCAUGACCUACGCCACUGUGUUAUGACAUUUAUUAAUUCGCAUAGGUUGUGCUUGUCGCCAUUGUGAUUUCUUAGGACUAUAUUUUAGCAAAAAGUAUCAGAAUGCUUCCUGGUAAUGUCGACCCCCGAAGACCUGAGAAAGUUCAAAGGUAUAAGCCCCCAACUGCAAAUGCUAAUGGACAGGGGGAAGACCUCACACCAGACUACAUGAACAUUUUGGGUCAACGCGCGACCACGGCAAAUGCAUCGGCGGAGGCUACGACUGACAAACACGUGGUGGAUGUAACCGUGCCGACGGCGGAGGCCCACCAAGUGGCUGAGGAAGUUUCAGUCGAAGAGACGAACGCCACCAACGUGAUACCCACCAGCCCUCAAUACGGCGUCGCUAUCAUACCGACCAACGUCACCAUCGCGGACUUGCCCACGGAGACGGUCACGAUAUCGACCGAUUCGGUGAUCGACACCACGGCGAAGCCGCCCGACGACCCCAAAGACCUGCACUCGACGCCCAGCCGCAACGACCGCUUCAAAGUGGUCAAAAUCGCCAGCUUGGAGCCGUUCAAGCGCGGCCGCUGGAAAUGCAUGGACUACGUCGACGAGGCGCCGCCCCCCAUCACCCAGCCGAGUAAGGUGACCCAGUCCACGGGGAGCAUCUCCGUGCCCGCCGGAGGCGUCUACCUCCAGACCCAGAGCCUGCCCCAGCAGCAGAUCCAGCAGAUGCUCCUCCAGAGCGGCUUCACCAACGGCACGCAGUUUUUUCCCAACGUUCAAGCCCAAAUGAUCCCCCAAACGCAGUAUUUCUACCCCCCGAACAACCUCCAAACGCAGACUUUGCCCCAGCAGUUAGUGAACACGUCGGGCGUGCCUAGCAGCAUGCCAGCGCAGUUUAUAAACGCAUCGCAACCGUAUUUUGCGACGGGAGUUGUGCAAAACUCCGGCUUUGCGAUUCCCCCCAACUACCAAAACGUUCAAUACGUCCCCGCGAAUAUUUUACAGAAUCAGGGUAGUGCGUUCGUUCCGACCUCACAGACUGUGCAAUUACCAGCGAAUUUCCAACAGAGUCAAACGUACGCGGGACAGCCGAACGUGACCGCCCCCAUGGUCAACGGUCACGCGUUUCCCCAGCAAAACGAACAGCAAGUCACUUCGAGCAGUUUGCCGACACAGGCCGCCAAAAGUGUGAUCCUAAACACGAGCGUGCAACAGCCCGUCGUCAGCCAAGCGCAAAUCUCGCAGCCCAGCAUCCAAGUGGUGCAAAGCAGCACUCAAAGCCAAUCAGUUCCUGUCAUUCAAAACCAACAGUACCAACAAAACACGAAUUUUCAGCAAGUACCGGCCCAGAACGUGGUCCAGAACCAAAGCAAUGUGGUGCCAACCACUGCCGUGUUUGACCAAAAUCAAACGACUCAAGACAAGAACCAGGCGAAUAACGUGUACACGAAUCCUCAGUUUGAUAUGAACGUUAAUAGUUUGACGGUGCUCGAGAACCAGGAAGGCGCAGGCGAAGCCACAGUCAGCGAAACCAACGAAGUGAGUUCGGAGAACCCGGACGACCCCUCCAAGACCAACCCGGUGGUCAACGCCAUCGAUAAUAAAAUCGAGCAAGCGAUGGAUCUGGUCAAGAGCCACCUGAUGUACACGGUUCGGGAGGAGGUGGAAGUGCUCAAGGAGAAAAUCGCAGAACUGAUGGAAAAGAUCCAACAGUUGGAGACUGAAAAUAACUUUCUCAGGUCGCAGAUCCCCAAGAGUCAGGCGCCGGGGACUGCGACCCCGAUCUUGACGACCACUUCGACGACGACGACCACGGCAACGAGCACUGCGCCGAACGAAACGACUCCGCAGCAGCAGCAACAGUAGAUUUGUAGCCAAGUGUGGAAGGAAAAUACUCGGACUUUAGUUGUUAUCCUUUGUUGACAAGUCUUGUCACGGUGAAGUAUUUGUUAACAGUGAUAUGUUACGGCUUGGUUCAAUUUUCGGUGUGACACUGCCAUGUCUAAUAUGUAGUAGAGUCUGAACUCUGGUUAGUUUGCAAACGCUUCGCUUCCCGGGAUUGGAGGUUUGAUUCUGAUUGGCCGUAGUGUAAAUUUGUAAAAUUUGUAAAGUAUGUAAAUAAAGUGGUCCUCGCCUCGGCUUAAAUUCAAUUAUCAGAUUAUUUCGCGCUUGGGGAAGGACUUCGGAGAAAGCCAAAUUUUUUUGAAUUUGGUGCUAUUUGAAACUGUGAUUUACAUCAUUUUGUUCGUUGCAUACAAUUAAAUUGCUACUGUUACAAUAUCACUAUUUUUGUAAUGAUUCGAUUGCAUGAGGGUAAUGUCAGUGCAGUGGAAUAUUUUGUUCUCUAGUGUAGAUAUCGUAAUGUAUACUCAUCUAAUGUAGCUUCAUCUGCCCCAGUCUCUCCAGCUUGGGUUUUUUUAUUGAAGUACUAGUAGUGCUGUAUUUUGUUUUACUGUAUGAUUCUGUGUGAGAUUCUAUAGCGUAAUUAGCUCACUUACAUGUCUCAACAUGAUAUAGAUGUCUUAGGGAAAAUUUAGGAAAUCUGAUUAAAAUAUGAGCGUAGGAGAUUAUGGCUGUGUUAACGAUAAAAAUUGUUUCUUUCUGUAAAGAACGUAGAGGAAUAUUAGAAUGUUUAAGAUGAAACUGGACUGCACGACACGACUAAAAGUGUAUUUUUUACACGUUUUUAUGUAUAACAAAUAAUACAUAACAUUAUUCAUUUCUCAAGUCCAGCACAUUUACGUCAACUUUGUAAUUUUCGUUGUGUUGUAUGAAUUAUUUAUUUUUUAUUCAGAUACCAUUGUAUUCAAUUUCAUUUGCAAACUAAUAUUUAACAUGUUUCGGAGCCUCGUUACAAAAGGGCCAUCCUCCUCGACUGAUUCUUCUUUAUAAAGCAUUUUAUUCUCAAAAUAUAAACCGAGCAAAAAUUGAUGCGAGGAUCCAUUUUGUAACAAGGUUGCAAAACGUUCGUAUUUUAUUACACAUAUUACUGAAUAUAAAUAUAAUAUAUAAUAAAUAUUAUUAAAAUUA